AGUCUGCCUUCUGGACGAGCUUGGCCAAGAAGACGAUCGAGGACAGCCUGCUGAAGCGCAAGGAGAUCACCGGCGUCGCCAAGAACGUCAUCAUCUUCAUGGGCGACGGCAUGUCCAUCCCCACGCUGGCCGCCACCCGCGUCUUCAUGGGCGGCGAGAACAAGCAGCUCAGCUUCGAGCGCUUCCCGGCCGUCGGGCUGUCCAAGACGUACUGCGUGGACGCCCAGGUGGCGGACUCGGCGUGCAGCGCCACCGCCUACCUCUGCGGCGUCAAGGCCAACAUGGGCACCAUGGGGGUCAACGCCAAAGUGCCCAAGGGCGACUGCAACAUGGAGGUGGACAACUCGACGCACGUGGACUCGAUCCUGUCCUGGGGCAUGCGGGCCGGCAAGUGGGCGGGGGUCGUGACCACGACCAGGAUCACGCACGCCUCGCCGGGCGGCGCGUACGCGCACACGGCCAGCCGCGAGUGGGAGGACGACAAGCACAAGCUGGCCGACAAGAACGGCAUCAACGUGGACGGCUGCAAGGACAUCGCCCGGCAGCUCGUGGAGGAGGCGCCCGGCAAAGACUUUAGGGUCAUCAUGGGCGGCGGCAAGAGGGCCUUCGUGCCAAAGUCCGUCGACCCCAAGGGGAACCGGCUGGACGGCGCCAACCUCAUCGAGAAGUGGAAGGACGACAAGAAGGACAAGAAGGGCGUUUACGUGGAGGACUUGGACGGCCUCAAGAAGCUGGACUUCGCCAAUACCGACUACCUCCUGGGUCUGUUUGAGUAUGACCACCUGAAGUACUACCUGCAAGCGCCCGAGACUCAGCCGCGGCUGCAGGACAUGGUGACGUCCGCCAUCAAGCUGCUCAGCAGGCAGGAGAAGGGCUUCGUGCUGUUCGUCGAGGGUGGGCGCAUCGACCACGGCCACCACGACACCUUGGCUCACCUUGCCCUCAGCGAGACCCAGGAGUUCUCCGAGGCCAUCCAGGCGGCCGCCGACCUGACCAGCGAGGAGGACACGCUGAUCGUGGUGACGUCCGACCACGCGCACACCAUGAGCAUGUCCGGCUACGCCCAGCGCGGCAACCCCAUCUUCAAGUUCGCCGGCAAGACGUCCGAGGGCAGGCACUACACCACCCUGAGCUACGCCAACGGCAUGGGCUUCAACGACCACACGCGCAACCCCGACGGCACGGUGCACGACCCCACCAACGACGACACCGACGCCUUGGACUACGAGUUCCCGGCCACGGUCUACCUGGAGAGCGAGACCCACGGCGGCGACGACGUCGGCAUCUUCGCGCGUGGGCCGUGGGCGCACCUGUACACGGGCGUGCACGAGCAGGCCAUGAUCCCGCACAUCGCCGCGUACGCCGCCAGGAUCGGCCAGUUCGAGGAGCGACCCGUGUCGUCCGCGCCCGCCGCCGGCGCCGCCCUGCUGCCCGCCCUGGCCGCGCUCCUCGUGCCGCUGGUCGGCAGACAGCUGCUCGCGUAGGCCACGUCUCCCUCUCUCCUUCGCGCGGCUUCACGUGGGACACGUGAACAACAACAGCGCUGUGCCGUGCUGUGGGCACAGCCCAAGUAUGGUGUUCACAUUCAUUUUUUGAUAUAAUUUUUUAUGAGUACAAAUACACAGAAAUCCUGA